UUCGCACCAAGUUGAGUGGACUUUUUGGAGUUUGAACUAUGAAAACACGUAGGCCGAUUCCACUUAUAUUUAAAUAAAAGAUGAAUAAAUGAGACAAUAACAGAGGCGAGCUUCUCCAUGGAUGGUGAGAUCAAGCGCUUCAUUCAGGUAUGGACCUCGGCCAUAACUUGUCUCUGCUAUUGCUAUUACAUAACACCACGAAUCCCUUCUGGUCUCUUGAGACUCCUUUCCCUCCUCCCCAUCUUUUACCUCUUCAUAGUCCUCCCCUUGAACCUCUCCUCCACCAAUCUUGGCGGCUUCACUGCCUUUCUCCUCGUCUGGCUCACCAACUUCAAGCUCCUUCUCUUCUCCUUCGAUCAAGGUCCUCUAUCUCCACCCCCACCUAAGCUCUUCCACUUCAUCUCCAUCGCCUGCCUUCCCAUCAAGAUCAAACAAGAAGAUGAAAAUAAAUCUCAUGAAACUACGAAGUCAACCACUGUAAACCCACCAAUUCCAAGGCGGGUUCUGUUGGGCAUCAAGUUUGUGCUUUUGGGUUUCAUCAUUUAUGCAUAUAAUUACAAGCAAUAUUUGCACCAAAAUGUUAUUUUGGUGCUCUACUGUUGUCAUGUUUACCUUCAACUUGAGAUUACUUUAGCCAUAUGUGCAGCCCCCAUUAGAGCCAUUCUUGGAUUUGAGCUUGAACCACAAUUCAAUGAGCCUUACCUUGCUACCUCACUGCAAGACUUCUGGGGCCGGAGGUGGAAUCUCAUGGUUACCGGUAUUCUACGCCCCACCAUAUAUGCUCCUAUACGCCGGGUUUCUACUCACUUGAUCGGGAGCACAUGGGCUCCACUUCCAGCUGUCAUUGCGGUAUUUGUUGUAUCGGGUUUGAUGCAUGAGAUACUUUACAAUUAUAUAACACGUGCACCUCCCACAUGGGAGGUGACAUCAUUUUUCAUCCUACAUGGCAUGUGCAUGAUCAUCGAGGUGGCAGUUAAGAGGGCAUUGACAGACAAGUGGCGGCUGCACCCAGCAGUUUCAGGGCCUCUGGUGGUGGCAUUUGUAUCAGUGACCAGCGUUUGGCUGUUUUGGCCGCAACUAUUGAGGAAUGGUGUGGAUGACAGAACCAUAAGGGAGUUCUUCAACACAAGAGAUUUUGUCAAGAACAAAUUCAAGUGGUAAUGCAACAUUCAUAUAAACUGGGAACAUGACAAUUAAAAAAAAAAAAUUUAUUUUCUCUUACUUUAAUUGUUUUUCUAGGAAAUGG